AUGAGCGUACGACAGGCGCCGACAUACCAACAAAGCGCGCCCGAGCGGCCGCUCGACGACGAUUCCGAUGUCGAGGAGGAGGCGCUCGCCAACGACUUCCGCGAACAGGCUGGAUAUGCAGACGACGACUAUGGUCUUGAGCAGACCAUUUCGAUGGGAGUAGGCACACAGGACUUGCAGGCACAGUUGCAGGCAGCGGCGACACCUUUGGAAUAUGGCGCAUCCGUGGAGCAGAAGAUUCAGAGCUACGAUAGCUACUGCAAUCUUUUCCACUACAUCCUGAAUAGCGACGGCCCCGUGGACAUCGAGCCACCAUCGUACUACUGGGCAUGGGAUGUCAUCGACGAGUUCAUCUACCAAUUCAACGCAUUCUGCGCGUACCGUCAACGCCUAGCUUUCCAGCAGAACCAGCCCAACGCGAGCGCAAACGAGGAGGAGCUAUCCGUGCUGCGCGAGAACCCGAACACUUGGGGCUGCUACUCAGUCUUGAACGUUCUGUACUCGCUCAUUCAGCGAUCGCAAAUCAGCGAACAGCUUGCGGCCAGGAAGCGAGGCGAAGACCCUGCUCCUUACGCAGGAGAAUAUGGCAGCCGGAGCUUGUACCAGAUGCUGGGAUACUUCUCCAUCAUCGGUCUGCUCAGAGUGCACUGCCUGUUGGGAGACUUCAGUCUCGCGCUCAAGACGCUCGACGUCAUUGAGCUCAACAAGAAGGCCAUGUUCGCUCGUGUUAUGGCCGCCAACUUUACCACCUACUACUACAUCGGCUUCUCCUACAUGAUGAUGCACCGAUAUGCCGAUGCCCUCCGCGCCUUCAACCACAUCCUGAUUUACGUCUCGAGAACGAAGAACUUCCAGAAGGGUGCACAGUACGACAGCAUCAGCAAGAAGAACGACCAGAUGUACGCACUCGUCGCCAUCUGCGUUGCCUUCUACCCAACCAGACUUGACGACACGAUCCACACCGCGUUGAGGGAGAAAUACGGCGAGCAGCUUAGUCGCAUGCAGCGUGGCGGUCCAGAGGCUCUCCCGAUCUUUGAAGAGCUCUUCCGCAGCGCAUGCCCCAAGUUCAUCUCACCUACUCCGCCUGACUUCGACAACCCACAUCUCAACCCAGAUCCAGUUGAGCAUCACCUCCAAAUUUUCAUGAACGAAGUCAAGAACAACAUCUUCACUCCAACCGUCCGCAGCUAUCUGAAGCUCUACACAACCAUGGACUUGACCAAGCUCGCUGGGUUCCUUGAGGUUGACGCCGACACUCUCCGCAGCUGGCUCCUCGUCAACAAGCAGCGCAGCAGGCAAGUGCGCCAUACCGAGGGUGGUCUUUUGGAAGGCGAUAUCGUCAAUUCGAGCGAUCUUGACUACGCGAUGGAGGGUGACUUGAUCCAUGUUUCGGAAGCCAAGGUUGGCAGGAGAUUAGUAGAUUGGUACUUGAGGAACUUGGCCAGGACCUACUAG